AGAUAAAGCACAUGACAAACUUGGUAUCUCUGGCACAGGAGGAUCAAAAGCGCAUUGGCGAAAUCGAAAGAGAUAACAAGAAGCUCUUGGAGAGGCUGGCUGAGAUACACCGAGGGACGGGGAAGGUGGACUGCUGGAACGAGCGCUUCUGGAAGAGCUCAAAUAGAGACAAGAAGAACAGGGAAAUAGUGAAGAUCACUAUUGAAAACCAAGGUAUUCUGAAGAGGCUUGUUGACCGCAAGCCUACUUACAACCUUAAGAAGUCUGAUACUGGUUGGCAGAACACCAGGCACGUCAUACGGAAUACAACACGAUACCUUAUCACCUCCCAAAAGAACUAG